AUGUGGUUAUUCAUUACUGGAAGAUCCUCAAUUGGAACUACAGGUACCGAAAGGACAGCAACAGUUACCGAAGGUACUCAAAGAACAUCGAUCGGUAGUGUUGGCACGGAGGGAGCGACGACUGGUACUGGAAGCACAACAGGAAGAAUCUUGACAGGAAGUGCAGGUACUGAAAUGACAACAACUGGUGCAGCAAGCACUGAAAGAUCCUCAAUUGGGACUGUAGGUACCGAAGGAACAACAAUUGGUACCGAAGGCACUGAAGGAACGUGGAUGAGUACGGCUGGUAUCGAGAGAACAACGAGUGGUACCGGUAUUACGGCAGUCGGAAGUACAAGCACGGAAAGAACAACGCCUGGUACAGGAAGUACUGAAGGAAUAUCGACUGGAACUGUUGGCAAGGAGAUAGCAACUAUUGGUGUGGGUAACACGGAGCGAAUAACCACAGCUGUGGGAAUCUCGGGCAGCGCAUCGAUUGGAACAGGACCGACGUUUACAACAGCGUACGAAACUAGCAGUGUUGGUGCGUUCUCAAUGAGUUCGGGCAGUACGAUGGAAUUACCAACGGGUUUCAGUUCAGCAGGAGCAAGUUCCUUCUCCAGCGGUAGUCCUCUUACAACUCUUUUCACGGCGCUAACUGGUAGCAGUAGUUCAGCUGGAGCUAGUAGUAUUGGAACGAUACCUCUCUCGACUGGUACAUUUGGAACUUUAUUAAUGUCAACUGAGCGUGGUACUGUAUCUGAGUUAACAGGAACUACUGGGCGAAAUAUAACAACGACAACCACUCCAUGUUAUUCAGCAGAUAUUAUGUAUCAUGAUGAUAUUGUUUUAUCAAUUAAACAAAUUGAACGAAAUCUUGCUAUGCCCGUACUUUCGCUACGUACUGAUACAACUGGUGUAGCAUUCCCAGAUACUCAGCAACCAACACUUUUGGUUGAGCUAAAUCAUACACUUGUUUCACAGAUUAUCUCGAUCUCAGUACCAAAUAAUCGUGAUACAACAAAUGUCAAUCAAAUUGAAUUAACAUUCUAUGGUACAGAUGGUCAGAUUCUUCGAAACUCAAUGGGUGCGGAAUGGAUUGUUGAAACAACUCCUGGUGUUACAACAUUAGAACAACUCGUGCCCAAAGUACCUGUUGGAGCAUUUGAGAUUAAAUUAAUCAAUACAACUGAUGGAAAAACGCCUAGAGGUGUUACCCUUGAAGUAAUUGGGUGUAUUCAAGAACAUUAUACUAUAUCAAGUGUUCAAACAACUAGUAGUAGUUUGUUCACUACAGCAGGCAGUAGCAUUAGUAGUACUAUUGUAUCAACACCAACUUCUACUCGUGCUGGGGUUUGUGUGAAAGUUCAAGCAAUGAAUCCUCGUAUAGGUGUUAUUGAUGACAUUGUUAUUUAUCCACCAUCAUUGAGUGCCAAUGCAAACGAUCUUGUACCUGGUCGAAAUGGUCUUAAUUUUCCGGAAACAGAAUCUCGUCCAAAUAUAACUAUAUUAUUUAAUCGUGUUGGAACUGUAUCUUUUGUUCAAAUUCCACCUGAAAGUCAAUCAAAUGUACAACAAAUAUUUGUGGAAUUUUUUAAUCCAUUAGGAGAAUUAAUUACCUCAUCUACAUCACCAACUAAUUUACCACAACUUGCUAAUGAUUUAGAAGUUAAUGAUGUCUUAAAAGUUGUUAUUCAUCUCAUCACAACAUCAGAUGGAACGAGUCCGAAAAGUGUUACUAUCGAUGUUAUUGGAUGCUUUUUUGAAGUUACUCCAUUAUCAACAACGAUCAUAUCUACCUAUACAACAAGCCAAAAAUGUUUAAUAACUGAUGGUAUGACUGAUGCAAACAUACUUCCGAAUGAAAAUAUUGUCAAUAGUAACGAUGUAUCCAUUGGUGAUCGAGUACGUUUAACUGAAACAAGCCCAGGUUACACGCCAACAUUGACAGAUGAUAACAUCAAAAUAAGACUAACAACUGAUAAAUCUCCAAUAGCUAUUGGUGAAAUAAUAAUAACAGCACAAAAUUUUCUAUCAGCUGCAUUAUUAAUAAAAACAACAGAUGAAAAUCUAUGGAAACCAUAUGCAACAUUAACAAGUGAUAGAACAACAUUUGAUAAUUUAUAUGCUACUGAAUUACAAUUUCAAUUUACACCUGAUACAAGAUCUAUUAAGUUAGGUGUUAUUGGAUGCUUCCCACCAACAGUUACAACAAUUUCAACAUCAACUACAACACCAUAUACAAAACUUUCGUCGACUAGUACAACUUCAGCUUGUAUUCUUAGUGAAUGGGGACCUUGGUCAAAAUGUUCACCUGAAUGUCGUCUUGAUCGUUAUCAGUAUCGAUCACGUUCAGUCUUAAAUGGUACAUGUUGGGAUCCAUUGGAUGAAUCACGUUCAUGUGAUCAUACACCUUGUCAACAAUGCACAAUGACACGUGAAAAUUAUAUUAAAGAAUUAGAACGUACACCACCAAGUGAUGAUUUUGUUGGAUAUUUAAUUGAUUCAACAACAGCUGUUCAAACAAACACAGCAGUUUAUAUUGGUGAUAGACUUGAUCGUAAUACAUCUAUAUUUGUUGAUAAUUGUACGCAGGUUAUUUGUAAAUCAAAUGGAUUGACAAAACAAAAAAUUCCCUGUCUAAAUGAUUGUAAAUAUACUCUACUGUGCAAAUGGAGUAAAUGUGAUGCUUUAUGUGGUCAAACUGGUAAUCGAACACGUAAACAAAGUUUAAUUAUAGAAGAUUCAUCAAAACUAAAUCCAUUAUGUUCAAGAGAAAUAAUUGAAACAUUGCCAUGUAUGGGUGAUCCAUGUCCAUGUACACAAGGUGUUAAUUGUACAUGUGAUCUAACUGAAUGGAGUGAAUGGUCAGCAUGUUCUUUACCAUGUGGUGGUGGUCAACGAGAACGUACACGUCAAUAUCAAACAGACUCAAAUGACAAUUGUACACCAAAUAAUUUACGUGAAAUACAACCAUGUAAUGUCGAAUGCUGUCCAAUUGAUGGAAAAUAUAUACCUUGGUCUGAAUGGACACCAUGUACGGUAGAAUGUGGCUCAGGAGUACGAAAACGAUAUCGAACAUGUACGGAUCCAUUACCAUCAUGUAAAGGUAAACCAUGUGAAGGAAAUUCAAUAGAUACAGAAGUUUGCAAUACACAACCGUGUCAAGAAACAUGUACAAAUGAUCAAAUAUAUAGCGAAUGUGCUAAUGAAUGUGAUACAUCAUGCGAAUCAUUAACAUGUGAUGAUCAAUGUCAAAAACCAGAUAAAUGUGUACCAGGUUGUAUCUGUCCUGACAAUAAAGUCAUUGGACCCGAUGGCCGAUGUAUUUAUCGUAAAGAAUGUCCAUGUCGAUUACCAACUGAUAAUACAACUUUAGUUAACGGUGAAAGUAAUAUUCGAGAUCCUUGUAAAACAUAUACAUGUAAAGAUGGUUGUAUUGUAAGCAAGGAUAAUAAGUGUACAAAAUGUGACUGGUCACCAUGGACACCAUUUUCUGAUUGUUCGAAUACAUGUAAUGGUACACAAAGUCGAUUUCGUACAUAUGAUGGGCCUAAUUGUCCAGAGAAACGUACUGAAGAAGAAAAACAACCAUGUUCUUCAAAUUGUACAAUCGUAUGUUAUGUAACAAAUACCGAUGGUUCUAUCGUUACAUAUAAUGUUGGUGAUCUUAUUGAAGAAACAAGUUGUAGUCGAACAAUUUGUCGUGAAACAGGUUCCGUUGAAACUCAACCAAUUGAUGGAACACGUGUUGAUGGUCAAUGGAAUUUAUGGUCACCAUGGAGUGAAUGUAGUCAAACAUGUAAUGGUACACGCACGCGUUAUCGGUUAUGUACAUCACCAGCACCAGAAUGUAAUGGAGAAGUUUGUAAGAAAUUACCUCAUACACAAACUGAUAUUGUUAAAGUUGAAAAUAAUCCAGCCGUUCUUGAAGAAAUUGAACGUGAUAAAUGUAAUCAACUUUGCUUUAGUACUACAACGCCUGUUUCUACAACUGUUACAACUCCUCAUGAAGAAUGUUUCAUGUCAAAUGGUACAAAUAUUAUUACUUUACCACCUCAACAAAUUGUGCCUAAUCCAACAAAUCCAUGUGAAAUAUGUGCAUGUAAACAUGGUGUAGUAUCAUGUUCAACAAUUUGCUCUGAAAAUGAACAAACAUGUUUAUCUAAACAAUCUCAAGAUAAGGAUAAUAUUUAUACAUGGAUACCACCUCAACCUGGACAAUGUUGUGGUACAUGUAACAAGACAAAAGUUGAAAGUAAAUGCCGCGUAGAAGUAUUAAAAGAUGAGUAUAUUCGUGCUGAUGGAUGCGUAUCCAUUAUACCUGUUGGUCGUGAACAAUGUACUGGUGGUUGUGAUUCUCAAGCUAGUAAUGUUUUAACAAUGGCGAAUAAGUCUUAUCAAAUGGGCAAUUCAACAUGUCAAUGCUGCGCACCAAAAGAGACUUAUACGCAAACAAUUUCAAUGGAUUGUAAAGCAAUAGAUAAUCAAGGAUACGUUGUAUCAGCUACAUAUACACGUAUUCGAUCCUGCGAAUGCCAAGCUUGUGUUGGUAAAAGUUAA